UGCCCGGCGAGCUUUGGGCCAGUGUGUGCCCAUGGCCACCCCGCGGGCCCCGGAGGUCGGGGAGCUGCUGGAGGCGGCCCGCCGGGCCUUCCGGGACCAAUUCGGGCACCAACCCCGGCUGGCAGCCUCCGCACCGGGCAGGGUCAACCUGAUCGGGGAGCACACGGACUACAACCAGGGCCUGGUGCUGCCCAUGGCCCUGCAGCUGGUGACAGUGCUGGUGGGCAGCCCCCGGGAGGACGGGCUAGUCUCCCUGCGGACCAUCUCGCCGGCCACCGAUGAGCCCCGAAGCCUAAGCUUCCCCAUGCCGACGGCCGAGCGGCCCCUGGAGCCCGGAAAGCCCCACUGGGCCAACUACAUCAAGGGGGUGAUCCAGCACUACCCAGCCGGCCCCCUCCCCGGGUUCAACGCGGUGGUCGCCAGCUCCGUGCCCCUGGGUGGGGGUCUCUCCAGCUCAGCAGCCCUCGAAGUGGCGACCUACACUUUCCUGCAGCAGCUCUGCCCAGACUCUGGGCCAGUGGUGGCCCGGGCACAGGUGUGCCAGCGGGCGGAGCACAGCUUCGCGGGGGUGCCCUGUGGCAUCAUGGACCAGCUCAUCUCCGUGCUUGGGCAGGAGGACCACGCGCUGCUCAUCGACUGCAGGACCCUGGAGGCCCGCCCGGUGCCCAUGUCUGACCCGAAUCUAGCAGUACUCAUCACCAAUUCCAACGUGCGCCACGCGUUGGGUUCCAGCGAGUACCCGGUCCGCCGGCGCCAGUGCGAGCAGGCCGCCAGGGCUCUGGGCAAGGAGAGCCUGCGGGAUCUUUCCUCCGAACAGCUCGAGGCCGGGAAGGGGCUGCUGAGCGAGGUGGAGUUCCGGCGGGCUCGGCACGUCGUCGGGGAGAUCGGGCGCACGGCCCAGGCUGCGACGGCGUUGGGUGCUGGGGACUAUGCCACCUUUGGCCGCCUCAUGGUGGAAAGCCACAACUCCCUCCGGGACGACUAUGAGGUGAGCUGCCCGGAACUGGACCAGCUGGUGGCUCUGGCCCUGGCCGUGCCCGGCGUGUAUGGCAGCCGCAUGACCGGUGGCGGGUUUGGGGGCUGCACGGUCACCCUCCUGCCAGCCGACGCGGCCCCCCGCGCCAUGCAGCAUAUCCAGGAGCACUACGAGGGCACUGCCACCUUCUAUCUCUCGCAGGCGGCCGCUGGGGCCAGGGUGCACCCCCUGUGAAGACCCCUCGCGGUGCCCAUCCCGGCUGUGCACGGGAGAGGCAUUUGCCGGUUGGUCCCAGGGAUGGAAGGCAGGGCCGUGCCCUGUUGGAGAGAGGACGAGGGGCCAGCUCUCUAUUUGCAACGUUACCUGCAAUACAGGUGUCACUGCUUGCGAA